AUGACAUCAGCAAAUAAUAUAGAUAUCGACAAAUAUGGAGCAAUAAUCAGAUACGAUGAUACGUUUGUAAAUGAAAAACGCAAUCAUCAAUUGACAUUACCUCGCCAAAGUGCACCGACGAAAACUAAGAAACGAGCUCGCAAGACCAUUCCGUCUAAAUUUGCAUCUUCGUCUAGCUUCUCAUCAAUGUCCUCCAUCUCUUUGCAUAAAAAUAACGAAUCUUUGGUAAAGGUCCCAGCCAGACCAAACAAACGAUAUAUAAAUUUAGAGGCUUGUAUGACUUUGACUAAAGCUGAGUAUAAUAAAUUCAGAUCGUUAGGAAACUUGGCUGUUUCAAGUUUUUUAAAUAUUGAAUUUCCUCUAGAUUCCCAAACUCUAAGAACGCUCAAGGCUAGCAAAAAUAUGAUAUUUUCUUCCUAUCCAGCACUCUCAACUCGUCGUGACUCGUGGGUAGUUGAUGAAUUGGUGCAGUCGAUUUUUGCGAAUAAACGCAGAUAUUUCCGACAAAAACAACAAAAAAAAGAAUUUAAUAUAUUGGAAAUUGAAUUUCAAUUUGAGAUUACUGAAGAGAAAGAAUUAGAGAAUAUCACUGAAGAAGAAAAUAAAAAAUUAGAGAAUACCACUGAAAAGGAAAUUAAGAAUUUAGAGAAUACCACUGAAGAAGAAGUUAAGGAAAUUGAUUAUGGAUAUGAAAUAGUGGUUUCGUUACCAACAACGGAUGAAGAAGAUGAAAAUUAA